CCGUAUUUUUCUCCCGGUGUCCGGUGCCUCCUUCCUCUCUAGCUAUCCAUCUACUAAACCUACUAUAAAGCCAGCCCGGCCACAACCCCAGAUGCACCCGCUCACCGCUGCUGCCAAACACGCCAUCACCAUACCACCACCACCACCACCAGCCGCAGCAGCUAGCUACACAUCGUCGCCGUCGUCAGGCACUAGCGAUCCAUCGGUUCUAGAUCUCUCUUCUGCUGAGAUAGACGACGACGGCGACGGCGACGACGAUCGAGCUGAGCAGCAAGAAAUCAAGAAUUCGAAGGAGUUAGUGAUGGGGAGGGCGCCGUGCUGCGACAAGGCGAGCGUGAAGAAAGGGCCGUGGUCGCCGGAGGAGGACGCCAAGCUCAAGGCCUACAUCGAGGAGAACGGCACCGGCGGCAACUGGAUCGCGCUGCCGCAGAAGAUCGGGCUGAAGAGAUGUGGCAAGAGUUGCAGGCUCAGAUGGCUCAACUACCUGCGGCCAAACAUUAAGCAUGGUGAUUUCACAGAAGAAGAGGAGCACAUCAUUUGUAGCCUCUACAUUAGCAUCGGUAGCAGGUGGUCGAUCAUCGCGGCGCAGCUGCCGGGGAGAACGGACAACGACAUCAAGAACUACUGGAACACCAAGCUGAAGAAGAAGCUCCUCGGCAAGCGCGCGCCGUCGCGCCGCGCCCGCGCAAACCAAGACCACUGCGGUCUAGCAGGCAGCGCCGCCGCCGCCAUGUGCGGUGGCGUCGGCACCGCGGCGGCGGCGGCGCCGCCGCAUCAAGCCCUAAGCUCGUCGGCCCUCGAGCGGAUCCAGCUCCACAUGCGCCUCCAAGGCCUCUACAACAGCGCGUUCGGCUGCACCACCACCAGCAGCAACGGCGGCGGCGUCGGCGUCGCGCCGCCGCAGUGGCCGAAGCUCGAGGCGCUGCUGCCGAGCAGACCGCUCCCGGCCGUGCAGCCGACGGACGCCGUCGUCGCCACCGUGCAACACCCCCAUCAUUUGGUCGUCGGCGGCCAUACCCUCGCCACCGCCGCCGCCGCCGCCGCCACCACGUCGGAGGCGUUCCAAGCCGCCGAGCACCUCGACCCUGCGGCGGCGACCGGUUCGAACUACAUGCCGGGAGUCGCCGGUGUAGAGAUGACCUCGUCGUCGUCAAUGGCGGGUGGUGGUGGGUUCGUCGCCGGCUACGGUCUCCACGACGAGCUAUACGACUUCCUCUUCAAGUGCGAGUCGAUCGGCGGAGCGCAAGGCGGGAUCAUCCCUUCGUCGUUGCCGGAGCUGCAGUGCCCGGACGGCAGCGCCAUCAUCGGCGCCGACGAGAAGUUCUCGACGUGGACGUCGUCGUCUUGCGACUACGGUUCGGGCGGCGCCGGCGAUUACGUUCUAGGGUAUGAUCAAUAAUAGAUUUUGGUGUUGGGUGCUAGCUACACAUAUAUAUAUUACAUUCAGUGAUAUGGAUCCAAUUGUUAAUUGAUAGCUAGUUGGUAUAUGAGAUAAUAUGCAUAUGUACGCUCGGUUUCGAUUGAUCUUGAACGUUUCUGUUAAUACAUAUAUAUAAAUGUAUGUGAAUUAAAUUAAACUACUGGUUUAAUUGCCAUGUUUUUUGUAUGAGCAUUAGUAUCAUAUCGAUGAUGUUAUACAUAGUAUGUGAGUGUGAAAUACACAGAAAUAAAAUGCAUGCAUAUGUGUGAUUAAUUCAA